UGUGAAAGACUUCCCGGUCAUGCGUUUGUAAUCGUUGUUUGCAACACACAUCUAACAAUUCGCUUCUGUUUGUUGUCUCAACUUAAACAAACAGGUUCGACUGUCUAUGGUCUGCUUAAGAUGGGCCGUGUUCGUUGACUGCUGGGGAAGCUAGUUCCUCCCCAGCAUUAUGCCUGUCUUCGACACUGUCAUCAAAUGCACCUCAGGCACUCGCAACGACGCCAUCAGACCCUCCACAAAUGGCGAGAAUCCUUCCAUCUGCACGAUUUGUCUCGAGCCCUUGACCGUCACGUCGGCCCAUAAAACCCCACCACACGAUGCCCUCACCGAGCCGGCCGUGACAAUCAAGAAAUGCGGUCACGUCUUCGGACGCGAUUGUCUCGAGCAAUGGAUGCGCAACUCGAACACCUGCCCCAUGUGCCGCAUCGAAAUCUUUCCCAUGUCGAAACACAAGCGAGAGGGGGACGAGCAGCAGCCAGCGAGCAACACCGACGUGCCACAUUUUGCGCUCGGGGCGUACGCGGGAAGCUUCGUGUUGAUGCCCAAUUCCAGAGAACGGAUCAUUGCGCAAUAUAGGGAGCUCAUGAUGGAGGAAUACGGCGAUGAAGAGUUGGUGAACGAGAUGACGAGAAAUUGGUAUGUGAGCUGAUGGGGGUGUAAGAGAGGGUCAACGAGAGCAAGUGGAGAGGCUCAGUUGGACAAGCAACGACUCGGAAGCCAUUCACGUCUAGGGAACCCAUGUGUGCAUUGUCGUGGUUAUAUCGACCGAA